AUGGAAUCCGAGUUCAUUGCCCUAACCAGGGAUGGCCUCGAGCUUUACAACGCGGCGCUCAGCACCGACGGCAAAUUCAAAGUGGAAAAACUCAGAAGCAUCGAAGGCGUUGAAUCAGCAGAGUGGUCUCCUCAAGGCGACUUGGUUGCUCUUUUUCGGAAGUCUUCGCCUCAAAAGCUGGAAGUUUUGGAUGCAAAUACGUGGGAGGUGUUACAUACUGUAGAAGGGCCCACGCCUGUCUCGAAGUUCUCCUUCAGUCCUCUUGGCAGUUAUUUGUUGGUUUGUUUCCGCUUCGAGCCCAACCAAUGUCCUGAGAACCUGCGGCUUCUGAAGGCGAACACCGCAGAAGAAGUGACGCGUUUGGCACAGCGAGGCGUCAGCGAUCUCUCAUGGCCACCUCUUCGUUGGACAGGAGGCGAGAGCUUUAUGUGCCGCUUGGUUAAAGGGGCGGUUCAUGUGUUCACCAGGCAGCAGCUGGAGUCCGGCAGCUUCAGCAUCAACAACCCCCUCAUAAGAAUUAAUUCUCCUCGGGCCUCUGCCAUAUUUGCGAGUCCAGAGCCACCUCGCAACGCAUGCAAAGACGCAGGAAAGGCGGCAGCAGAGUCGAAGCCAACCAGCAGCAACAGCAGCAGCAGCAGCAGCAGCAAUGGUGGUUCUGGUGGCAGCGUGUACUGCGCGGUGUUCUCAAAGGAAACAAAAGGAGAACCUGCACUACUUGAGGUGUAUGAACUUCAUGAGAAAGGAGAAGCUACAAUAGUUGCAAAGAAAUCUUUCUUUCAUGCACAAGAAGCUGACUGUCAGUGGGCAUAUGAUGGGCGGGCUCUUCUUGUGAAGACGCAUACUGACGCCAGUGAUUUGACUUACUAUGGAUCCAGCGCUCUUUAUUUUCUUAAGUGCCAAGGAGGCUACGACUUGCGUUUGGUAGCAGCAGAAGAAGGGCCUGUGCAUGCGGCUUUGUGGAGUCGGUCGACGAUUGAAUUCGUCGUCUGCUAUGGCAAAGUGCCGGCAACAGUUGCAAUGUACGACGGCAACAGCAAAGCAACAUCACCCAAGUUUCGUUUAGGCGAAGGAAUGCGCACAUUUUUAUCUUUUUGUUCUUUUUCUAAACUUCUUUUGUGGGGUGGCUUUGGUAAUUUGGCUGGCGAAGUGGAAGUUUGGAUGCCGAGAAAGAAAGGAAUCGUAGGAAAGACUGUGUGUUGA